AGAGAAGGAGUCAGGAGACUGGAGAGUGGAGGAGAGGAUGCAGAGGCACAUGAGGACCAUUCAAGUCAGGCACUGAAGCAGAGAGCAGCGCAAAGUGCCCCAGGGACUGUCUGCAACACACAGCCAGGCAGGACUUCUGCAGUCCCUACUACAACCCCCUCCGGUGACAUCUCUGCGUCAAGCAGGGACCCAGGAUUCGAACUCAGGACCCCCACCCUAGGAGAAUGGAGAUAAAACUGCGGAUACUUUGUUCCCUGCUCCUAUCUAUCCUGGAUCAAACUUUCGGGGCACAUUUUGCACAGCAGCCCUCAGACGUGGUGGUUGUAGCCGGCAAGUCGGUGACUCUUCCCUGUGUGGUGAUUGGCUAUAGAGGGGUGGUCCAGUGGACGAUGGACGGUUUGGCCUUAGGAGCGGAACGAGACCUUCCAGGGUGGUCCCGUUAUUCAAUCAUUGGGGACCAUGCAGCAGGGGAGCACAAUCUGCACAUAGAAGGAGUAGAGCUGGGCGACGACGCCAUCUACGAGUGCCAAGCAACGCAGGCAGCCCUGAGGUCGCAGCGGGCUCAUUUGACUGUGUUGGUUCCUCCAGGAGAACCGUUGAUCCGUGGGGCCCCCAUAUUUAACGUCUUGCUUGACACCCCCUAUAACUUGACCUGCCUGGCCCCUGCAGCGAAACCGGCUGCCGAUAUCAUCUGGUACCGAGACGGCAAACAGAUGGAUGGGGCGAUUUAUAACAAGCAGGUUGUAUCUGAUGGCAAGAGCGAAGAUGCUGUCAGCAGUCUCCUCAUCACCCCAAGCUUUGCAGACGCUGGCGCCAGCUACACCUGUUGGGUCAGGAACUCCGCGCUGCCCGAGGGUCGGGAGAGAUCAGUGACGCUUAGUGUGCAGUAUCCCCCCAAAGUCACGCUUUCCGUGGAUCCUCCAACGGUCUCCGAAGGGGGUUCCGUCACCUUCCUGUGCAGCGCAGUGUCCAACCCUGAGGUCACAAGUUACAGGUGGGCAAAGGGUGGCGUGCCCCUCUCAGUUUCUGGAGACCGUUACCACGUGACCGUAGACCACACAUUUUUUACAGCCCCCGUCUCAUGUGAAGUAUCUAACAGUGUGGGAAGCAGCAAUGUGAGCACCGUGGUCAAUGUCCUAUUUGGUCCGCGUCUUCUAACUGAGCCCCGUCCGAUGACGGUAGAUGUUGGCGGAGAUGCUUCCUUCUUCUGUGGUUGGACUGGAAAUCCCAACCCAACUCAGUUCUGGAACAAGAAGGGAUCCACAGAGGUCUUAAGCAAUGGCAACACUCUGUCUCUGAACAAAGUGACCCGGGAAGAUGCAGGAACUUAUGUGUGCAAAGCCAUUGUGCCUCGCAUAGGUACCAUGGAAAAAGAAGUGACGCUGACUGUGAGAGGACCUCCCAUCAUUACCAGUGAAAUGACUUACGAAAGUAUUCUUGGAGGGAAAGCUCGACUAGAAUGUGUGGUGGAGACGACACCGGUCCCUGAUAAAAUCAUCUGGUCCUGGAACCAGCACAGCCUCGACGAGGGCACCUUGGGCCGUUUUUCAGUGGAGACACGUGUGACUAACAGCGAAGCCGUCUCAUUUUUAAUCAUCGAUGGAACCGAACCUUCAGAUUACACCAUGGUGUACAAUUGCACUGCUAUAAAUCAAUACGGGGAGGACUCCGUGAUUGUCUCUCUGAGACAACAAGCUGCCCUGCCGCUCAUGCUUUUGAUGAUCGCAUUGGGUCUUGGUGCACUCUGCCUCUUUGUACUGGUGACCAUCUGCAUUCUGUGCUGCCGACGAUCACGGAAAGUUGUAAAGGACACCCAGAUUCUAGCAGGGGAAGUUUCUGGAAGUGAUCACAGCGACCGACACCCAAGUGAUUCUGAAGAAGAUCUAAAGGAGCCCUUGCACACAGAUACAGAAUCUCGAGGAACGUCACAGACUGAACACAGCGAUAUCCCUGAUGACCCUCAGGACCCAACUAAUGGUUACUACAAAGUCAGAGCUAAUGAAGACGCCCGUCCAACAACAGUUGCCUAUCCGGAGUUUUCUUCUCCUCCACGUCCAAUGUACUCAGCACCAUCUACCCUCAGUCCAUUGUGUCCUACCCCAUCCUUACCAGGAGCCCCUAAACUGUAUGACUAUGCUCAUCGAUACGCUACAACUCCACGCCACGGAAGUGAACGUAUCCACAUACCACAAGGUCCUAUUAGUUUGCCUCCUGGCCCUAGUAGUCAACCACAGCCUUACGCCAGAGCCUUUUGUAGUUAUGUCCGACCAGAUCGUUUCGAAACUUUAGAAUCAGGUCCUAUACUUUCACGUCUUUCCUACGCCUCACUUUCCGCACACGGAGACUAUGGACGACCAGCGCAACAGAGGAUGCAAACUCAUGUGUGAGUUCUGGAUUUAUCUCUUUACCAAACUAGCCAGCACAGUUAUCAAAUCUCAAGUGGAACUUAGACUUGGGAGAGAAAAGUCCGAUAUCGACCAUUUUGUUCACAAAAAGGUGCAAAAUGGUCGCCUUAUGUCUUCCUCUUGAACAUUUUGAACUUGCACUAAAUAGCCUUCUAUGAGUAUCUGUACGAGCUCAGAGGCCCUAUGGAUGUAAAGAUCUUUGGAUGACCAUCUGAUAAUGAGACGACAUGCAGUGGAUUUUGGGAUCAGUUCUAGCUAAGGGGGAACGUACACUGGAGACAGUCCUUGAAGCUGCUGUGGAGGCCAUUGAGAGGAGAGGCCCAGAUCCAGUUCCCCUUAUCCCCCUUUGUAAUAGGUAGCAUGAACCUGAGCAAGGGGUCUUCAACUCCACAGACACAAAACACAGGAGAGGAGAACUUGCUUAAGGGUAAUUCUGCCAUUUCCUAUGAGGGUUAUAAAGGGGGAUGGGAAUGACCAAGCACUGGGCCUCCAACCCCAGCAUUGGACCUCAAUUGCUAUGAUUACCCCUGUCUUCUACGUUCACCCUUGGUUCUAGCACAGUCUUUUUUUUUUUAUUAAAUUGCAGAACUGAGCACCGACUGGAACUGUAAUAAGUGCUGCACUUUCUGUAGUUAAUAUAAUAUAUAGUAUUAAGGAGCUUCAUAAUCAGGCAGCAUCAGGAAAUCCAGCAUGGAUCAGCACGUAUGAGGUCGAUAUAGAUUAGAGGCCCCAUUGGGUCUAGCUGAACUGAAUGCCUUUCAAUUGUUAAGGAGAAACAGUGCCACCCUGUGGCUCUUCUAUGUACUGCAGGUGUUCUUUUUUUUGUUUUCGAUUUUUUUUUUUGUCAAUUUUUUUUUUUA